AUGCGUACUCCCACGUUCUUUCUUCUCGUGUUCGGUCUACCGGCCACCUACUGUGCGGCAGCUGAUACGAUCCUCCUCGGCCUCAGCCAGCGCUCCCCCCAGACGGCUCCAUCCACUUCCGAGGUCGCCAAAGAGUACCUCAUCUUCCCAAAGAACGGCACGGACGAAGAUGCGCUUUCAAAGACGGAGGAAUCCAUCAAGAAAGUCAUCGAGUCCGAAAAGGUGUACUCACUUCGUAAUGUUAACAAAAGACUUGUAUUCUGGAUUGCCAAUGUCACCAAUACGCAGCUCAAUAAAAUUCGAGAGGACGACGGGGUUCGAUCGGCGGAGGAAAACGUCAUCGCUUACGAAGAAGCCGCCGCCUUACUAUUGCCAACCACUACGGCCCAGUCAUCUACCUCGAUUCCUACUAAAGUCAAGAGAGACAUAUCGUUUGCCACUCAGACCGACGCCGUGGACGAGCUAGUGGUAAUUAGUCAGCCAGAUACUAUUCCCAACCUCGACGACCUAGCGAAUCCAGAUGAUUAUGAGUUUCCGAAAGGUCGAACAGAUUUCUUGCAAACGGAGCUAUCUAGAAAAGAGAAGCAAGAUCCGGCUACUGAUGAGAGCGAUGAUUCACAUGGCUCGUAUGUUGCUUCAAAAGCCACAGGCACGGAAUACGGCUCUGCUAAGAAAGCAACUCUAGUUGUUGUUAAGAUGAAAGAUCGCAGUCUAGGCGAGAUUAUAGCGGCCUGGAUCUUCGCCUUACAAGACAUCAAGGACAAACAGCGCACAAAGAAGAGUGUUAUUACAAUGUCACUAUGCAGUAUAGACCCGGUGGAUCCGAACAACCUAAGCGACGCGCGAAAAGAGGAACGCAACGCUAUAGAAGAAGCGUUUAAAAACGAUGUGCCGGUUCUAGCCGCAGCUGGCAACAAGGCUGAGAAGGAGAGACCGGAUGGCAAACUGCGAGAAGAAAUUGACACUGCGCCGGCCGUGUACGCGUCACCCGACUUUCCAAUAAUUGUCGUAGGCUCCACAGAUUCCAGUGGCAAGCGAGCCGCAACUUCCCAGGGAGGAGAUAAAGUUACGCUUCUAGCCCAAGGGGUCAAAGUUGUGUGUCAGGGCAAACCCUUCGCGCCGCGGAUCAUGAGCGGCACCUCAUUUUUGCGAAGAAGUUCCUCGCAGAGGAAGCCAGUUGGGUUCGAACAGGGGGUUCUCGAGUCGUACUGGAACAAGGUCACCGAAAAGGACAACCCAAAAAAAUCCGAGUCUCUGUCCGGCCCAGCAUGCGCCACAAAGCCGGAAGGGAAAAACGUCAGGGAUUCCCACGAGGAAGCUCUGAUCAAGGCUGUCGGCUACUUCUGUAACGCAGAUGCUGCAACCACUGUCCCGGUGGGCCCCGAGCUCAAUAGGACCGUUGAGGUCGUGAUCGACGGCCCAGCCAACGCAGCGCACUACAAAGCGCAGGACUGGAGCAAUAAGAGAGACAUCGAUGACGUCUGUUUUUUCACUCUCACGACUGUGGACGACUGCGAGACCCCCCGUAACGGCUACAAUCUCGCUAAACCUCUCGGUGACCACACCUGCAACGACAUACUAUACCGCUCCUGGAAAGAUUAUGAGUUUCUCUCCUUUCCGCCACUCUCAAUCGCUGACUGA